AUGCUGUUCAAGAAGCGCUCGUCUGAUGCCUCGACGCUCGGGGGGUCGCAGGGAAACCAGCUGCUUAUGCUGCGGCUCCCAGACAAGCUACAGUAUAACUUGCUCUGUCUGAUGGGCGAGUUUGUGGGGACUUUCCUGUUUCUCUUCUUUUCUUUCGCGGGUACACAGGUGUCCAAUACCCCCAUGCCGCCACCUGGCUCCCCGCCAAAUACUUCCAACUUGAUGUAUUCCGCACUUUCUUUUGGAUUCGCUUUGACGGUCAAUGUCUGGGCGUUCUACCGAGUCACGGGUGGUCUUUUCAAUCCGGCGGUUACUCUUGCCCUCUGCCUGACUGGUGGCAUGCCCCCUCUUCGGGGGGUUGUGUGCGUGGUGAGUGCCCUGUUCCCGGGCCCGCUAAACUGCGCGACACGACUUGGUGGUGGUGCAUCAAUUGUACAAGGACUCUUCAUUGAGAUGUUCUUGACGGCGCAGCUUGUGUUUGUCAUUAUCAUGUUGGCGGUGGUGAAGCACAAGUCCACCUAUUUGGCUCCAGUAGGAAUCGGUCUGGCCUUCUUUGUCGCAGAACUGAUUGGUGACUACUAUACCGGAGGGUCUCUCAACCCAGCUCGUUCCCUCGGACCGGAUGUGAUCAACCGCUCGUUCCCGGGAUACCACUGGAUCUAUUGGCUCGGUCCUUUGCUUGGAUCCCUUCUUGCAUCCGGUUUCUAUCAACUCCUGUGUCUCGUGCGCUGGGAGAGGAUCAACCCCGGUCAGGAUUAUAACGAGGAAGAGGUAGCCAGGAAGGAGUCCUUGAUUGGUUCUGAGCAUACCAUCACUGCCAAUGUCGCUCCCCCCUAA